UUGAGGAAGGUGUCAACAAGAUGCGGCACAGCCGCUACGUCGGAGAUGUGGUGAAAACCACAGCGCAGACGGUGCGCAAGUGGGUAAAGGAGUUCUGCCAAGACGGAAAAUUUCUCAUCAGAAAACGACUUUACGAGAUAAGCCAGGCGGACUCCUUCAUCGACCAUGAGGACAUCGCCGAGCGUUGCCGGGAGGAAAUCGACCGGCGGCUUUACCGCCGGAAGAAAACGGAUCCGCGGUUUCGUGUCUCGGACUUUCAGAGGUGGGUGAACACUGUUCUUCUGAAAGAAGUGUUUUCCGGCGGAGGAGGCAUCUCUCGGACAACGGCGCACAGCUGGAUCUGCAGACUCGGCUUCAGGUGGAAGAAGAGCGGGAAGUGCGUCUACGUCGAUGGCCACAACCGCCCGGAUGUCGUCGAGGCCCGGCAAGAGUACGUGGCGAAGAUGCUCAUCCUGCGAAAGAUGAUGUCCAUCGUCCUUUGNGUGACGAUGGCGAGAGUACGCGACGCGCCCGAAGGGGGGGGCGCAUCUACUGGGGGAGGCGACGACGACGACGUCGUUGAGGGAUGGGCAACCGGUUCGGACCCGCUGUUCUGGCCAGCAGUUCGAAGCACGGCGGACGGCAAGGAGGACGUCAAGCACGUGCUAGUUCACGGCGAACUUCGGGCCGAGGGGGGGGAACGUGGCUGCACGCGUGUACCGGUGGACAAGAUUAACUUGGUGAUUCGCGAUGGCAAGGGGGACUACAGCUUGGUGCCCGAUCUUCAAGUGCGUGACUUGUACGUGGCGAAGAAGAAGAAGGAGGAAGCGCUUUUCUGGCCAGCCCGGCGGAUCGUGGAUGGAGAGACGGAGUACAAACACGUGCACGUCCACGACGGCGAGCGUCCCUGCGGGGACUGCGUGCGGAUAAAACCGAACGCUCUCAGCGUCUCACUGCGGUGCGAGUGCCGCGACUGCAAACGCAAGCCGUCGAAAGCUCUUCGCGGGUCCCUUUCAAUCCGCGUGACCUGCUGGGGCGGGACGGGCGAGGGGAUUUCUGCUUGGUGCCCGACCACAAGGUCCUCGCCCUCUACUUUCACGACGAGACCACGGCGAAGGAGAACGACGACGGCAGCAACCAGUGGGUGUCGGUGUUGAAGGGCGCCGCCAUCAAGAAGAAGGGGGAAGGACGCGCCGCGCACAUCUCUGAC